AUGAAAAUAUCAUUUAACUCAAUUUAUGAUACUCCCACUUCAGCUUCAGUAGAGAGUGAUUUUGGUGACUUAAAACGAAAAAUACUUCGUUACGAAGUUCAACCAAUGACCGCUGACAGAUUUGUUAUUAAGCAUCUGAAAGCUAUAGACAGUAACACUAAACUUUUCAGAAGCAAACAAUUAAGGCAUGAUUUAAGCACCGAACAUAUAAAAAAUACACUUGACGAUACUACUGUAGAUAAAAAAUCAUCAGAAAAAAAUAUAAAACGAUCAUUAUUUGGAAAUUUGGAUGAAGGUAGUGAUUCAGAAGUGUCGGAAAUAUCAGAAGGUAGAAAUGAAAUGGAUGCAUUUGAUAAUUGGCGAGGAUUGGGAGAUAAUAAUGAAAUUGAAGUAAAUAUUAAUCAAAAGCCCAUUAAGAGAAAAAAACUAAGAAUGACCACAUAUAUGGAUGUAGUGCCAGAAAUUGAACAUAUAUUGACGCAAAAGACAACACGUUCAAAUUUAAAUAGUCUGCUAAUAAACGGAAAUAUUACUACGCCACUAAAAAUCUCAAAGCAAAGGUAUUUAUUGCAUAACACUUGCCCUUUUGACUCAAUUGCAGUCAUUAUAACUAUGGCUUACAUUGAUAAUAACCAAUAUAAACAAUUUAUUAACACAGAGAAAAAUGAAUUACUCCAGUUUUGUAAAGACUUGGCUAUUCAUGGAAGUUCAAAAAUAAUGUAUUUGAAAAGACUUCAUAUUUUAAAAAAUAUUUUUAACGAAUCUGAUGGAAUAACUAAUGUAAAAUUAAUCGACGCUAGAUGUAACAUUACAUAUAUUAUUUCAAAACUAUUAAAAGAUGUACCAUCAGCUAUUGAAGAAUAUUAA